AUGUCUAAUCGCCGGGUCAAGUCCAUGGCCGUGGAUGAUGAUGAUGAUUAUGAUGAUUACGAUGAUUACAAUGAACAAGAAGAUCCCGAUACCGCUGGCGAUGAACUUUCCGCCGAAGACAAGGAGCAUAUGCGACAAGGCACUAUCGAAAUUCGUCGGGCGCUCGGUCCGAAUUUUUCAGUAACGGAUAAUGAAAUCCAAGAGGCUUUAUGGCAUUAUUAUUACGAUGUCAGCAAAUCGGUCACGUAUAUCAAAAGUGUGCAUAGCCUCCUUGAGCUUGAUCUUCGUCCAUGGUUAAUGAUCAUAUUCAGACAAAAAGCCGCCUGCUCCUGCAACAGGAACCAAAAAGUCAAAUUCACCAAAGACGAUCAUUUUCAUUCCCUGCCCUCAGUUCCGGCGAGAUCAUGGUGGUCAUGGUGGUUUCCAAACGGCCUUUUCGAACAUGCUUCUGAUGAGCAUCAAGAGAUAGCAAACUCUACUCUCUGCUCAAUGCCUUUCUCAGCCGCAGAAUUUUUCAAAGAUUCUCCGUGGUUGCGAGUCCCGGAACAUCGCAAGGCUGAGAUCACAAUACAACCUGCAUACCCACGCCGAGGUCUUCUGGGAGGUGCUUCAAAGGGUAGCAAAAUGUCCAAAUUAGCCGCUUUGGCGGCGAAGAGGAAACAACAGGCCAAUGAACCAUCCGGGUCAGUCUCGGCCAGCAUUCCUACUAGCCGCGAUGAUUAUACAGCAAACUUGAACAAAUUGAGAAUUGGCAAGCCGGCCAAAGCAUCACAUGAGCCAGAAGCCCCGGGAAUACAGAAGCGUCUCCUCGGCGAGGAGCUGGUCAAGAAAGACGCAGACGAUGAUCCUAGAAGCCCGGGAAAGAAAUGUGACACCUCCAAAGAUCAAAUUGGCCAGUCAAUUCUCGUCGACCCUAAUAUUCGAGGUCGUCCUUCAGCAUUUGCAAGCAUCAUGACUAGCCAAGAAACUGAAACGGAAUCCCGGCCUUCAUCUGAUAUUCUGUCUGAGGGGUUGCUUACGAAAUUGUUCGACUUCACAGAACCAAGCCCAGAUGACAUUGUGACGAAGGCACAGAAUGUGAAAGACACCGCACCCACGAAAUCAAAAGCCAAAGAGAACAUCAGACCAAACUCUUCCCUAGCGAACGGCGUACAGAAACUGUCCAUACAAGAGCUCCCCAAAAUCAAAAGUAAGAAUAUCGAUGUUGUUGUAGAGUACAAUAAGGUGAAGCGAAAGAAUGCGGCGAAUUUUGUGGUCAUUGGUCAUGUUGAUGCAGGAAAGAGUACCCUCAUGGGAAGACUGCUGUUUGAUCUCAAAGCGGUCGAUCAGCGAACGAUGGAAAAAUAUCAAAAAGAGGCCGAACGCAUCGGUAAAGGCUCAUUUGCUUUCGCCUGGGUUUUGGAUCAGGGAACCGAGGAACGAGCUAGGGGUGUGACUAUCGACAUAGCCACUAACAACUUUGAGACCGAGAAAACCAGCUUUACCAUCCUUGACGCUCCAGGCCACAGGGAUUUCGUACCUAAUAUGAUUGCUGGAGCAAGCCAAGCAGAUUUCGCGGUCCUGGUCAUCGAUGCUUCUACUGGUAACUUCGAAUCUGGCCUCAAAGGACAGACAAAAGAACACGCUCUUCUGGUCCGGUCCAUUGGGGUGCAGAGAAUCAUUGUCGCUGUCAACAAGAUGGACGUUUCGCGUUGGUCCGAGGACAGGUUUCGGGAAAUCCAACAGCAGAUGGCCUCAUUCCUUCACACUGCUGGCUUUCAGCCGAAGAAUGUCACCUUUAUUCCCUGUUCGGGCCUGGAGGGCGGAAACAUUUUAUCCAGACCCACCGAUUCGAGAGCUUCGUGGUACACCGGGCCAACUUUAGUACAAGAGCUCGAUACAUCAGAACCAUCAACCUAUGCUUUGGACAAACCUCUCCGAAUGACAAUCAGCGACGUCUUUCGAGGUGGCGUACAAAAUCCGUUAUCUGUCUCAGGACGUCUAGAGGCCGGAAAUGUCCAAAUCGGAGAACAAGUCAUCAUCAUGCCCAGCGGCGAAAAUGCCCAAAUUCGAAGCUUGGAAGUUGAUGAGGAGCCACAGGAUUGGGCAGUGGCGGGACAAAAUGUGGUUCUUCACUUGAGUGAUGUUGACCCUAUACACCUCAAGACUGGAGACGUGCUCUGCAGCCCCACAUCUCCGAUGAAGAAUGUCAGUGAGUUCAAGGCUAAGAUCCUCGCCUUCGAUCAUUUGACACCGAUGAAUGUGGAUGUGCACAAAGGACGACUCCACGUUCCGGGCCGGAUCACUCAACUCAUCGGUACACUCGACAAGUCGUCAGGUGCUGUGCUGAAAAAGAAACCGAAGAUCGUUCAACCAGGAAACGUUGUGAGAGUUGUCGUGCAACUUGAGCAGGCUGUACCCCUUGAGGCCCCUGCGCGGAUUGUUCUUCGAGCCAAUGGGGAGACUGUUGCGGCUGGCCUAAUCGAGUAA